AGCUCAAAGCCCCACGGUGGCAGAUCCCCUCCAGCAAGCCUACGCAGGCAUGCAGCACUAUGCAGCAGCGUAUCCCACUGCCUACGCACCCAUCAGCCAAGCCUUCCCCCAGCAAGCGCCCAUCAUCCCACAGCAGCAGCGAGAAGGUCCCGAGGGCUGUAACCUGUUUAUUUAUCACCUGCCCCAGGAGUUCGGGGACGCGGAGCUCACGCAGAUGUUCUUGCCUUUCGGCAAUGUCAUCUCUGCCAAAGUCUUUGUGGACCGUGCCACCAACCAGAGUAAAUGCUUUGGUUUCGUCAGUUUUGACAAUCCGACGAGCGCUCAGGCAGCCAUUCAGGCCAUGAACGGCUUCCAGAUCGGCAUGAAGAGGCUAAAAGUCCAGCUAAAGCGGCCGAAAGAUGCCAACAGACCCUACUGACCCCUGCUCACCCUGGCCCUGCAGAGAGGUCGGGCGUCCCGCGGUGUCUGACGACUUUCCCCUUCCCCAAGUGCAGUAUCCAAACCCGUAACUCUCUUUCUUUGCAACACGUCCUGGAGGAGGAAGAAAAGGAGGAGGAAGAAGAGGAGGAGGUGAUGGAGAAA